AAUUCAACUUCAACUUCAACUUCAACUUCUAGUUUUUUACAGAGAUGAUGAAGGAAGAAAGCGGGACUUUCGAUGGCGUUUCUUGCACCAACUGCUCUGCGUAUUGUCAAGCUGAUGGAGCCUACUUGUGCUCAGUCUGUGACUCCCGAAUUCACGCCGCCAAUCGGGUGGCUUCCUGCCACGAACGGUUGUUGGUGUGCGAGGCAUGUGAGCGAGCACCAGCUGCGUUUAUAUGCAAAGCGGACGCCGCCUUGCUCUGCACCUCCUGCGACGCGGAUAUCCACUCCGCUAACCCCCUUGCGCGCCGCCACCACCGUGUCCCAAUCUCUGACGCCCUCUACGCUCCACCGGGUAAGGUUGAGCCAGAAUUUGUGAGUCAGGAGGCAGAGGAGGAGGCAGCUUCGUGGUUACUGGGGAACCCAAUGAAGACUAUCACCAACACCAUCGCCGCCGCCACCAACAACAACAAUCAGAAUAAUAACAUUAAUAAUGGGGUUCUGUUCAAUAGUGGAGAGGGCGAGGAGUAUUUAGACUUCUUUGAGUACAAUUCAAUUGGUGAUGCCCAGUUCAGUGAGCAAUACAAUCAAGAUCAGGACAAGCAGCAGAGGAGUUACAGUUGUGUUCCACAGAAGAGUAGUUAUGGAGGUGACAGUGUUGUGCCUAUUCAGUGUGGAGAAACCAAGGAUGGUCUGCAACAACAGCAAUUGAAUUUUGAGCUUGGUUUGGGAUAUGAGCCUUCAAAGGUCUACAGCUUCAGUGGUUCAAUUACUCCAAGUGUUCCAAUUUCAUCCUUGGACGUUGGAGUGGUACCGGAAUCAACGAUCAGCGACAACUCCCUUUCACAUUCAAGGCCUCCAAAAGGAACCAUUGAUCUUUUCUCUGCACCUCCAGUUCAGAUGCCCCAACAACUUAGUCCCAUGGACAGAGAGGCCAGGGUGUUAAGGUACAGAGAGAAGAAGAAGACGCGCAAGUUCGAGAAAACAAUCCGAUACGCCUCAAGAAAGGCGUAUGCAGAAACAAGAGCAAGAAUAAAAGGCCGGUUCACGAAGAGAACAGAUGUAGAGAUUGAAGUAGACCAGAUGUUCUCCACAACUUUGAUGACUGGAUCUGGAUAUGGCAUUGUCCCUUCAUUCUGAAUUUAGGUGACGGCAGAAAAUAAAUAACAGUACUUCAUCAUGUGGGUGUCAUCUAAAAUAUAAAUCAAUUAUUGGUGAUUGUAUUCUUACUGCUACUGCAAUGUGUUGAAUAUGUAUAUAUACAUAUGCAUUUCCUUGAA